AUGGCGACUCCACGAACGAGCCUCCGAACCUUGACCAACUUGCUCUCCAAACGAGGCGUUUGUCGCUGUCCUUUUUCAAAACGGCCCGGCGCACUCUACAUUGCCCGUCGCGCAUACACUAAGGAUUCCAGCUCAAAUGAAUCGUUAGAGGAGACCGCCGCCAGCGAUCCUCCUUCGCACCUCAACCCGUCUCCCGAAGACUACUCCCGGUUUAUCUUCCAGGACAGAUGCCGCUCAACAAUUCAUGCCGGCAGUGGUGGCCACGGCUGUGUCUCGUUUCAGCGAGAAAAGUACAUCCCCGAGGGACCUCCGAAUGGUGGUGAUGGCGGCACCGGCGGAAGCGUCUACAUCCAGGCCAUUGAAGGCCUCACUAGCCUGCACAAACUUGCUCGGAGUGGAGUGAUCAGAGCUACCCGAGGCAAGAACGGUCAGGGUAAGAGCAAGGGAGGUAAACGUGGCGAUGACGUCCUGAUACAGGUCCCUGUGGGCACGGUAGUGCGCGAAUUUGACCGAUACGACCCUGUCGCUGAGGAACAGCGACGGCGUGCGCUGGAGAGGAAGAUGAAGAAACAAAAGGAGAAGGAGAAGAAAGAGUCGGGCUUGGACAUAGAAGAAUCGGAUGAUGUCGACUUCCAACCUAUCCGUCACGAUCGCUGGGUUCUUUACCCCGGGGCGAAUCCGUCGGAUUUCCUGACGACCGUGUUUCCGAGCAAUCCGCCACGAAGACAGAACAUUGCCGCCCUCGAGCCGCGCGCACCUAUAUACCUGGAUCUCUCGCAACAUAUGGACAAGCCAGUUCUGCUGGCCGCAGGGGGCGUUGGGGGCUUGGGGAACCCGCACUGGGUCUCUCGUGAACACCCUCGGCCUAGGUUCGCAUCGCGUGGAGAGGGUGGCAAGCGCUUGGAGCUGGAGUUUGAGCUCAAAAUUCUUGCGGAUGUCGGAUUGGUCGGCAAGCCGAAUGCUGGAAAAAGUACGUUGCUUCGGUCACUGACGAAUAGCCGGACUCGUAUUGGGAACUGGGCAUUUACUACGCUUGAGCCCAACAUUGGGACAGUGGUCAUUGACAACGACAAAGGACGGCCCUUGGUUGAGGUGAAGAACAAGCCCCCGCGGAAACGGUUCACCAUCGCGGAUAUCCCGGGAUUGAUUAAGGGUGCGCAUUUGGACCGUGGCUUGGGCUUAGGGUUCUUGAAACAUAUUGAGCGAGCAGGUAUCCUAGCUUUUGUGGUCGAUCUUAGUGCCGGAGAUCCAGUCGAGGAGCUGCAAGAACUAUGGAAUGAGCUCGGAAAAUACGAAGAGCUGCGCGAUAUGGACCCUAGCCCUAAUGAGAGCGACGAUGACCUGACUUGGAACCCACCGAUGCGCGGUUUACCAGAGCUACAAGCAGACCAUGAGCCUGGUCUGUCUCAGUCGAAAGACAGGCUUCCCGAGCUUGCCCUUCCGGCUAACCAUACAAAACCUUGGUUCGUUGUGGCUACGAAGUGUGAUCUUCCCGAGACACAAGAGCGAUUCAAAGCGCUACAGGAGUACCUCCGUGGAGUCGAGGAGGGCAAGUAUGGGCACCCGUCGGGGUACACCGAAGCUUGGAAAGAAGGGAUAUCUGCGGUCCCAGUGAGUGCUAUGCACGCUCAGAACGUCCAGCAGAUCCCAAGACUAGUGAUGCAGCUUUUGUAG